GAGAUUCAGAACAAUCCCAAGCAAAUCACAGGAGCCGGCAGUUUUUCAAUAAUUCCAUGUAAACCUUUUACAUAUUUGUUCUUCGUAUUAACAGUGGAGCAGUCCACUGGAAAAUGAUACAUUCAAGGUCUUGGUGCGUCUGAGGUGUGUCAUUCUUAUUUUUGCACCACCCACCCCUCCUGUUUGAUACCCGGAGUCUGGAUUUUUUUUGUCAGGCUGUUGGGCAGGAGCAGAUUCUAGUGUGACAGCUUGGAGCUUCCCUUCUGUUCCGGUGCCGGUAACUGCUUGUCAUGAAGAUGGUACAGUGGGAGACCGUGUCUGAAGAGCCAAGGAAGAUGAUGUGGAAAUGGAGUAGAGAUUGCUAGAAAUCUGAGCAUCCACACCUUGGGGAUGGGUUGCACUACUAGUGUGAUUCUGUUCAAAGGCAUCCGCACCGUUUUUGAAAGAAACUGUGCUUAUAUGUGCAAACAGCAAGGAGAGAAUAAUGCCCUUGAUUAUACAGCAUACAAUUGGACAAAAGAAGAUUCAGAACUAUUGAUUUCUUCCUGUCUGGCCAAGCCAAAGCUAAUUGAGCCACUUGAUUAUGAAAAUGUCAUUGUCCAGAAGAAAACUCAGAUCCUGAACGACUGUUUGAGGGAGAUGCUACUCUUUCCUUAUGAUGACUUUCAGACGGCCAUCCUGAGGCGGCAGGGUCGCUACAUAUGUUCCACAGUUCCUACAAAUGCAGAGGAAGAAGCUCAGAGCUUAUUUGUAACAGAGUGCAUCAAAACCUACAACUCUGACUGGCAUCUUGUGACCUAUAAAUAUGAAGAUUAUUCAGGAGAGUUUCGACAGCUUCCAAACAAAUUGGCCAAGUUGGAUAAACUUCCAGUUCAUGUCUAUGAAGUUGAUGAGGAGGUCGACAAAGAUGAGGAUGCUGCCUCCCUUGGUUCUCAGAAGGGUGGGAUCACCAAACACGGAUGGCUGUACAAAGGCAAUAUGAACAGUGCCAUCAGUGUGACCAUGAGGUCGUUUAAGAGACGGUUUUUCCACCUGAUUCAACUUGGUGAUGGAUCCUAUAAUUUGAAUUUUUAUAAAGAUGAAAAGAUCUCCAAGGAACCUAAAGGAUCAAUAUUUCUGGAUUCCUGCAUGGGUGUGAUUCAGAACAACAAAGUCAGACGUUUUGCUUUUGAGCUUAAGAUGCAAGACAAAAGUAGUUAUCUUUUGGCAGCAGACAGUGAAGUAGAAAUGGAAGAAUGGAUCACAAUUCUAAAUAAGAUUCUCCAGCUCAACUUUGAAGCCGCAAUGCAAGAAAAGCGAAAUGGAGACUCUCAUGAAGAUGAUGAACAAUGCAAAUUGGAAGGUUCUGGUUCUGGUUUAGAUAGCUACCUGCCUGAACUUGCAAAGAGUACCAGAGAAGCAGAAAUCAAACUGAAAAGUGAAAGCAGAGUUAAACUUUUUUACUUAGACCCAGAUGCCCAGAAGCUUGACUUCCCAUCAGCUGAACCAGAAGUAAAGCCAUUUGAAGAGAAGUUUGGUAAAAGAAUUCUUGUCAAGUGCAAUGAUUUAUCUUUCAAUUUGCAAUGCUGUGUUGCUGAAAAUGAAGAAGGACCCACUACAAAUGUAGAGCCUUUCUUUGUUACCCUGUCCCUGUUUGACAUAAAGUACAACAGAAAGAUUUCUGCUGAUUUCCACGUGGACCUGAAUCAUUGCUCAGUGCGGCAGAUGCUGGUUCCCACAUCCCCACCUCUGAUGAAUGGCAGCCAGAGUCCACCUGCCUUUCAGGACGUCCUUCAUGCAGCUGCCAUGCAGUAUCCAAAGCAGGGGAUAUUUUCAGUCACAUGCCCUCAUCCAGACAUAUUUCUUGUGGCCAGAAUUGAAAAAGUCCUUCAGGGGAGCAUCACACAUUGUGCUGAGCCAUAUAUGAAAAGUUCAGACUCUUCUAAGGUUGCCCAGAAGGUGCUCAAGAAUGCCAAGCAGGCAUGCCAAAGACUAGGACAGUACAGAAUGCCAUUUGCUUGGGCAGCAAGGACAUUGUUUAAAGAUGCAUCUGGAAACCUUGAUAAAAAUGCCAGAUUUUCUGCAGUCUACAGGCAAGACAGUAAUAAGCUAUCGAAUGAUGACAUGCUCAAGUUACUUGCAGACUUUCGGAAACCUGAGAAGAUGGCAAAACUCCCAGUGAUUUUAGGCAAUCUAGACAUUACAAUUGAUAAUGUUUCCUUGGAUUUCCCUAAUUAUGUGAAUUCAUCAUACAUACCCAUGAAGCAAUUUGAAGCCUGUACUAAAACUCCAAUCACAUUUGAAGUAGAGGAAUUUGUGCCCUGCAUACCAAAACACACUCAGCCUUACACUGUCUACAACAAUCAUCUUUAUGUUUAUCCUAAAUACUUGAAAUAUGAUAGUCAAAAGUCUUUUGCCAAGGCCAGAAAUAUUGCUAUUUGCAUUGAAUUCAAAGAUUCAGAUGAGGAAGACUCUCAGCCUCUAAAGUGCAUUUAUGGCAGACCUGGUGGCCCAGUAUUCACAAGAAGCGCCUUUGCUGCGGUUUUACACCAUCACCAGAACCCAGAAUUUUAUGAUGAGAUUAAAAUAGAAUUGCCCACCCAGCUACAUGAAAAGCACCACUUGUUGUUCACAUUCUUCCAUGUCAGCUGUGAUAACUCAAGUAAAGGAAGCACAAAGAAGAAGGAUGUUGUUGAAACACAAGUGGGCUAUUCCUGGCUGCCUCUCUUGAAGGAUGGAAGAGUGGUGACCAAUGAGCAGCACAUCCCUGUUUCUGCUAACCUUCCAUCAGGCUAUCUUGGCUACCAGGAGCUUGGGAUGGGCAGGCAUUAUGGUCCAGAAAUUAAAUGGGUAGAUGGAGGCAAGCCAUUGCUGAAAGUUUCAACUCAUUUGGUUUCUACAGUGUAUACUCAGGAUCAACAUUUGCAUAAUUUUUUCCAGUACUGUCAGAAAACUGAAUCUGGAGCCCAAGCCUUAGGGAAUGAACUUGUAAAAUACCUUAAGAGUCUGCAUGCCAUGGAAGGCCACGUGAUGAUCGCCUUCCUGCCCACUAUCCUGAACCAGCUAUUUCGAGUCCUCACCAGAGCCACCCAGGAGGAAGUGGCAGUUAAUGUGACUCGGGUCAUUAUUCAUGUGGUUGCCCAGUGCCAUGAGGAAGGAUUGGAGAGCCACUUGAGGUCAUAUGUUAAGUAUGCUUAUAAGGCUGAGCCGUACAUUGCUUCUGAAUAUAAGACAGUGCAUGAAGAACUGACCAAAUCCAUGACCACCAUUCUCAAGCCUUCUGCUGAUUUCCUCACCAGCAACAAACUACUUAAGUAUUCUUGGUUUUUCUUUGACGUGCUGAUAAAAUCCAUGGCUCAGCAUUUGAUAGAAAACUCCAAAGUGAAGUUAUUACGAAACCAGAGAUUUCCUGCAUCUUACCAUCAUGCAGUGGAAACUGUUGUGAAUAUGCUGAUGCCACACAUCACACAGAAGUUUCGAGAUAACCCAGAGGCAUCCAAGAACGCAAAUCAUAGCCUAGCGGUCUUCAUCAAGAGAUGUUUCACCUUCAUGGACAGGGGCUUUGUCUUUAAACAGAUCAACAACUAUAUCAGCUGCUUUGCUCCUGGAGACCCAAAGACCCUCUUUGAAUACAAGUUUGAAUUUCUCCGUGUGGUGUGCAAUCAUGAACAUUAUAUUCCCUUGAACUUACCAAUGCCAUUUGGAAAAGGCAGGAUUCAAAGAUACCAAGAUCUCCAGCUUGACUACUCAUUAACAGAUGAAUUCUGCAGAAACCACUUCUUGGUAGGACUAUUACUAAGAGAAGUGGGCACUGCCCUCCAGGAAUUUCGGGAGGUCCGUGUGAUCGCCAUCAGUGUGCUCAAGAACCUGCUGAUAAAGCAUUCUUUUGAUGAUAGAUAUGCUUCAAGGAGUCAUCAGGCAAGAAUAGCCACACUCUACCUGCCUCUGUUUGGUUUGCUCAUUGAAAAUGUCCAGCGGAUCAAUGUGAGGGAUGUGUCACCUUUCCCUGUGAACCCAGGCACUACUGUGAAGGAGGAACCCCUUGCUUUGCCAGCUGGGAACCCGCUGGUGACACCACAGAAGGGAAACACACUGGACCACAGCCUGCACAAAGACCUCUUAGGCGCCAUCUCUGGCAUUGCUUCUCCAUAUACAGCAUCAACUCCAAACAUCAACAGUGUGAGAAAUGCUGACUCAAGAGGAUCUCUCAUAAGCACAGAUUCAGGCAACAGCCUUCCAGAAAGAAACAGUGAGAAGAGUAAUUCCCUGGAUAAGCACCAACAAGGUAGCACUUUGGGAAAUUCUGUGGUUCGCUGUGACAAACUUGACCAGUUGGAGAUUAAGAGCCUGCUGAUGUGUUUCCUGUACAUCUUAAAAAGCAUGUCUGAUGAUGCUUUGUUUACAUAUUGGAACAAGGCUUCAACAUCUGAACUUAUGGAUUUUUUUACAAUAUCUGAGGUCUGCUUGCACCAGUUCCAGUACAUGGGGAAGCGAUACAUAGCCAGGAACCAGGAGGGGUUGGGACCCAUAGUUCAUGAUCGAAAAUCUCAGACAUUGCCUGUUUCCCGUAACAGAACAGGAAUGAUGCAUGCCAGAUUGCAGCAGCUGGGCAGCCUGGAUAACUCUGUCACUUUUAACCACAGCUAUGGCCACUCGGAUGCAGAUGUUCUCCAUCAGUCGCUGCUGGAAGCCAACAUUGCAACUGAGGUUUGCCUUACAGCUCUGGACACACUCUCUCUCUUUACACUGGCAUUUAAGAACCAGCUCUUGGCAGAUCACGGACAUAAUCCUCUCAUGAAAAAAGUUUUUGACGUCUACCUGUGUUUUCUUCAAAAACAUCAGUCUGAAACAGCUUUAAAAAAUGUCUUCACUGCCUUAAGGUCAUUAAUUUAUAAGUUUCCCUCGACGUUCUACGAGGGGAGGGCAGAUAUGUGUGCUGCUCUGUGCUAUGAGAUCCUCAAGUGCUGUAACUCCAAACUCAGCUCCAUCCGGACCGAGGCCUCCCAGCUGCUCUACUUCUUAAUGAGAAACAACUUCGACUACACUGGAAAGAAGUCCUUUGUCCGGACACACUUGCAAGUCAUCAUUUCUGUCAGCCAGCUGAUUGCAGAUGUGGUUGGCAUCGGCGGAACCAGGUUCCAGCAGUCCUUAUCUAUCAUCAACAACUGUGCCAACAGUGACCGGCUCAUCAAGCACACCAGCUUCUCCUCUGACGUGAAAGACUUGACCAAGAGGAUCCGCACUGUCCUGAUGGCCACAGCCCAGAUGAAGGAGCAUGAGAAUGAUCCGGAGAUGCUGGUGGACCUCCAGUACAGCCUAGCCAAGUCCUAUGCCAGCACCCCUGAGCUCAGGAAGACAUGGCUUGACAGCAUGGCUAGGAUCCACGUCAAAAAUGGGGACCUCUCUGAGGCAGCAAUGUGCUACGUCCAUGUAACAGCAUUGGUGGCAGAAUAUCUCACACGGAAAGAAGCGGAACUAGCACUCCAGCGGGAGCCACCUCUCUUCCCCUACAGCCAUAGCACCUGCCAGAGGAGGAGCCGGGGAGGCAUGUUUAGGCAGGGAUGCACUGCCUUCAGGGUCAUCACCCCCAACAUCGAUGAGGAGGCCUCCAUGAUGGAAGACGUCGGAAUGCAGGAUGUCCAUUUCAAUGAGGAUGUGCUGAUGGAGCUUCUAGAGCAGUGUGCAGAUGGACUCUGGAAGGCAGAACGCUACGAGCUGAUCGCAGACAUCUAUAAACUCAUCAUCCCAAUUUAUGAAAAGCGGAGGGAUUUUGAGAGGCUAGCUCAUCUGUAUGACACACUUCACCGGGCCUACAGCAAAGUGACUGAGGUCAUGCAUUCGGGCCGUAGGCUCCUGGGGACCUACUUCCGGGUGGCCUUCUUUGGACAGCAAUACCAGUUUACAGACAGUGAAACAGAUGUGGAGGGAUUCUUUGAAGAUGAAGAUGGAAAGGAGUAUAUUUACAAAGAACCCAAACUCACGCCUCUGUCAGAAAUUUCUCAGAGACUCCUAAAACUUUACUCAGAUAAAUUUGGUUCUGAAAAUGUCAAAAUGAUACAGGACUCUGGCAAGGUCAACCCUAAGGACCUGGAUUCCAAGUACGCCUAUAUCCAGGUGACUCAUGUGAUCCCGUUCUUUGAUGAGAAAGAAUUGCAAGAAAGGAAAACAGAGUUUGAAAGAUCGCACAACAUUCGUCGCUUCAUGUUUGAGAUGCCCUUUACCCAGGCUGGGAAAAGGCAGGGUGGUGUCGAAGAGCAGUGCAAACGGCGCACCAUCUUAACAGCAAUACACUGCUUCCCUUACGUAAAGAAGCGGAUCCCUGUCAUGUACCAACAUCACACUGACCUAAAUCCCAUUGAAGUGGCCAUUGAUGAGAUGAGUAAGAAGGUGGCUGAGCUCCGGCAGCUGUGCUCCUCAGCUGAAGUGGACAUGAUCAAACUGCAGCUCAAACUCCAGGGCAGCGUAAGCGUCCAGGUCAAUGCUGGUCCACUAGCAUAUGCACGAGCCUUCUUAGAUGACACAAACACAAAACGAUACCCUGACAAUAAAGUGAAGUUGCUGAAGGAAGUUUUCAGGCAAUUUGUGGAAGCUUGCGGCCAAGCCUUAGCAGUAAAUGAACGUCUGAUUAAAGAAGACCAGUUAGAGUAUCAGGAAGAAAUGAAGGCCAACUACAGGGAAAUGGCAAAGGAGCUUUCUGAAAUCAUGCAUGAGCAGAUUUGCCCCCUGGAGGAGAAGACAAGCGUUUUGCCGAAUUCCCUUCACAUCUUCAACGCCAUCAGCGGAACUCCAACAAGCACAAUGGUUCACGGGUUGACCAGCUCGUCCUCAGUUGUGUGACUUCGGCUCAUGGACCACAUAUGGGGACUUGCUUUGUCAUUUGCAAACUCAGGAUGAUUUCCAAAGCUAAUCACUGGGAAGACCGAGCACAGGGAGAAGCCAUGGGGAACAGUAGAGAAAGGGAAUGGUAUUUCAUAGCAGAUUUUCUAAAGAGUGGGAAAAGGGUGCACAUAUUUUUUUAAAUUUCACUGGCAAUAUUUAGAAUUUUCCUUUUGUCUUAACAGAGAUGUGUGGUGGACACUCUUAAGCUGGAGUUGGAUUUUAUUCUUCCGUACAGAGUAGUAUUAAAAUAAAUGUCCUAAAGAAAAACAGUGUUCUGAAAUGUGGAUGGCAGGGGCAGCAGCACUGAAACUGAGGCAGGGGCCUUACGUCUCUAGGCUGAGCUGGAAAAUCUUGAAGAUACUAUUUUUUCCUGUGGCACAUUCAGGUUGAAUACAAGAACUAUUUUUGUGACUAGUUUUGAUGACCUAAGGAAACUGACCAUUGUCAUUUUUGUACCAGUGAACAAGGAGAUUUAGUGCUUUUAUACUAUUCCUUGCAUUUAAAACAUGUGAAUGCUUAAGAAACUAUGUGAGCUUAAAGUUAGUCAAACAGUUUAGAACCAAAGGCCUGUACUAACAAACAUAACUAUGCUAAAAAGUAAAACUAGUACAGCAUACCACUAUGUACAUACAGUUUGUUAAUACAGCCUCGGCAUUCUGUACAUAUAUGUGUUACAUUUCUACAUUUUUAAUACAUCUGCUUCUGCAUUAAGUUUAAUUGUGACAAAGUUGUGCUGUUCUUAGUAUAUGCAAUACAUUUGACUUUACUGUUUUAUUAUUGUAUAUAAAAAAGUGCAAUAUGGAGAUGUACACAGUCUUUGCUAUAUUAGGUUUAUAAACUAUUAAAAAUGUCAUCCUUUUGCCAAAAUGGUGGAAUAUGUGAUUGGUAAAUCAUAAAUUCUGUGGUGAAUGGGGGUAUAAUUUAAAGUUUUCACCAUGUUAUAUUUUCUUUUAAGACAUUAAUUUAGUAAUUUUAUAUUUGGUAAAAUAAAGGUUUUUAGUUUUAUUUAACUGGAUCACUGCCCUGCUGUAAUUACACAUUCUGUACCACAUCUGUAUUAAAAAUAACAUUGCUGAUUUUCCAAUAAUGAA